AUGGAUCCUCUACGCAGCACUGUCGAGCUCAAAGAUGACACCGUCAUCGUGGUACUAGGUGCAUCCGGAGAUCUUGCGAAGAAGAAGACUUUCCCAGCUCUUUUUGGCCUCUUCCGCAACAAGUUCCUUCCCAAGGGAAUUAAGAUCGUUGGAUAUGCCCGGACGAAGAUGGACCACGAAGAAUACCUUAAGCGCGUGCGCUCAUACAUCAAGACCCCAACAAAGGAAAUCGAAGAACAGUUGAAUGCGUUCUGCGAGCUCUGCACAUACGUCAGCGGUCAAUACGACCAGGAUGACUCCUUCAUUAACCUCAACAAGCAUCUUGAAGACGUCGAGAAAGAGCAGAAGGAACAAAACAGAGUCUUCUACAUGGCACUUCCUCCUAGCGUUUUCACCACAGUCUCAGAGCAAUUAAAGCGCAACUGCUACCCUAAGAACGGUGUUGCUCGUAUCAUUGUCGAGAAACCAUUUGGCAAGGACCUCCAGAGCUCUCGCGAUCUCCAGAAAGCCCUGGACCCCAACUGGAAGGAAGAGGAAAUCUUCCGUAUCGACCACUACCUUGGAAAGGAGAUGGUCAAGAACAUCCUUAUUAUGCGAUUUGGUAACGAGUUCUUCAAUGCCACCUGGAACCGCCACCACAUCGACAACGUUCAGAUCACAUUCAAGGAGCCCUUCGGUACGGAAGGACGUGGUGGCUACUUCGAUGAAUUUGGCAUCAUCCGUGAUGUUAUGCAGAACCACCUUUUGCAAGUCUUGACUCUGCUUGCUAUGGAGCGCCCCAUUUCUUUCUCCGCCGAGGAUAUCCGUGACGAGAAGGUGCGAGUCCUACGCGCCAUGGACCCCAUUGAGCCCAAGAACGUCAUCAUCGGCCAGUACGGAAGAUCGCUGGAUGGUAGCAAGCCUGCAUAUAAGGAGGAUGAUACCGUGCCCCAGGACUCUCGCUGCCCCACAUUUUGCGCCCUUGUCGCGUUCAUUAAGAACGAGCGAUGGGAUGGCGUUCCCUUCAUCAUGAAGGCCGGUAAAGCCCUGAACGAGCAGAAGACCGAAAUCCGCAUUCAGUUCCGUGACGUGACCUCCGGCAUCUUCAAGGACAUCCCUCGCAACGAGCUGGUUAUCCGAGUUCAACCCAACGAGUCAGUUUACAUUAAGAUGAACUCGAAGCUUCCCGGACUUUCCAUGCAGACCGUGGUCACUGAGCUGGAUCUCACCUACCGCCGCCGCUUCUCCGACCUCAAGAUCCCCGAAGCCUAUGAAUCUUUGAUCUUGGAUGCUCUCAAGGGUGACCACUCGAACUUUGUCCGUGACGAUGAGCUUGACGCUAGCUGGAAGAUGUUCACUCCCCUGCUCCACUACCUUGAUGAUAACAAGGAGAUCAUCCCCAUGGAGUACCCCUAUGGCUCCCGGGGUCCCUCCGUUCUCGACGACUUCACUGCAUCCUUUGGCUAUAAAUUCAGCGACGCUGCCGGCUACCAGUGGCCGCUGACACACACCACGCCUAACAGGCUUUAG